CAAACAUGGGCCCCGCCUGAAAAAAAUUUCAGUCUGCCCGUGGAACGUUUGCAGUGCGUUACACCAGUCUUCAAGGAAGCCUAUAAAAGUGAGACGAUUGGGCGCGGAUAAACUAAUUGCUGACACAACACCUGAAACAGCAGGUAGUGGGAGAUCUCAAUUCUUCAGUAGGCGACACAGCACCAUGAUGCUCCUACCGUCGAUUGACAGGAGCCUGCUCAAUGUGAUCCACAUGGGUCUGGGCUUCUUGAUACUGUUUUCUGCGGACUUCACCAUCACUAACAUGCAGAAAACCAUAAAUGCAAGUAUACAUGAAGAUAAACCAGAGUACAACAUCGAUGGUUAUGUAAGCCUAUGUCUCUUGUAUGGACUUUAUGGAAUCACACUUUGGCUGGCACCUUCUCUAAUAGCUGUCAUCGGCUACAAGCUGAGUCUUAUUAUUGGAGGAUCAUCUUUAGCAAUCUUCAUGUACUCCCUGGCACUGGAAAGAGUAUGGACUGCCUACAUCGGUAUUGUUUUGGGAGGAAUUGGAGGUUCUUUCCUGUGGGCAGCAGAAGGUCACUAUUUAGUCCUCAAUUCUGAUGAAAAGACUAUGUCAAGAAAUAUUGGAGUCUUUUGGGCAAUUUACUCAGCAUCAAUGAUUUCAGGAAAUGUUUUUGCAGCUACUCAAUUUGAAGGCAAGAUGCAUAUUGACCAGGAAACAAGACAACGCUUGGUAAUAACGAUGGGCACUGUAGCACUUGUAGCUGUUCUAUUAUGGGCUUUCUUAAGUAAGCCUCCAGGGCAAAGGGUGCCAUUGACAGAGGGACCAGUAGAGGCUUUGCGAAAGACUUGGAGACUCUUUUGUACAAAGGACAUGAUGGUACUUCUCAUCACUUUCGUCUACGGAGGACUUCAACAGUCUUUUGGUAGCGGAGUUUAUGCCCCUAGCAUUGGUUUUACAAGAGAAUUUGGCAUCCAUGCAAAAAAAUUGGUACCUAUUUCUGGGCUAAUAUAUGGCUUUGGAGAUUCUUUAGGAGGUGUAUCAUACAUAAUUUUAGACCGAACUGGAAUAAAAUAUACUAGAAGGCAUGCCAUUUUUGCAGGAUUACUAAUUCAGACAAUUGCAUAUACCAGUAUUUAUAUCAAUCUUCCAAAUAGUGCGGUUUUUAGGGAGACAGAAGAAAAAGCCAUUAUACCAUCACAGAUUUGGCUAGCAUUGUUAUGCAGUUUCCUUAUUGGUAUGGGAGAUAGCUGUUUGAAUACUCAAAUCUUCCCUCUAUUAAGAGAUCUCCAUCCUGAAUACAGUGCACACACGUCCGCACUUUAUAAAUUUUCAAAGGUGAAUUGUAUUCAAUAUUGUAUAAUAUUAUUGACAAAAAGCUAUUCUUGUAGGUAACCACGAAUUUCAAGCAAAUCAUCAUAAAAAAAUUAAAAAUACUAAAAAAACCUGUAGGUCCACUAUUAAUCAUAUGAAAUUUGUUUCCGUAAUUUUGAGUGAUGUGAGGGCAAUGGAAUUUUGAAGUUUCCCACACCUUCCACAUGUAUCUCACAUAAAAAAUAAAUACUCCUGACUAAAAACAUAUUUAAAAAAUAUAAACUAUAUGAAUCAAUUAUAUAAAUUCUUGGAAAAAUAAUAGUGUGAUGGAAAUAGAAUUGCAAAGAAUAUCACUAACAAUAGCAACAAACAUUUAGUGGAACUCAGAUGUGAAUGAGGUUUUUCUUAGUUUCAAAAGAAUCUCAUGUGGUUUGUUAACCAUUAAAAAUAAAAAUAUAAA